CCUUCAACCCCCGCCACUCUCUCUUCCCCCUGCUGUCUUUAAAUUUGGACAUGCAUGAGCUGAAAGUGAAACAUAACCAACAGAAGAAGAUCGAAGAAGAAGAAUGGAGAGUACUUGUGAGUAUGCAAGAAAAUAUUCCAAGGAUGUUUCCCUUCACGAACUGCGAGAUAGGCUUGCAGAGUUUGCUGAGGUUAGAGGAUGGGACCAGUUUCACAGUCCUAGAAAUCUCCUGUUGGCACUAGUGGGAGAGGUCGGAGAGCUGUCGGAGAUAUUCCAAUGGAAAGGGGAGGUUGCAAAAGGGCUACCCAACUGGAGUUCUGGUGAUAAGGAGCAUCUAGAGGAAGAGCUCUCUGAUGUUCUGCUCUAUCUUAUUCGUCUUGCUGAUGUUUGCGGCCUUGAUCUUGGCCAGGCUGCAUUGACAAAGAUUGUUAAAAAUGCCAGGAAAUACCCAGUUGCUGCUCGUCAAACUACUUGAUCUUCCCACCUUUCAACUACAUAUAAAAUAUGAAAUUUUGUAGACAAUAAUUUCUCUUUUAUUUUGAAUGCAUGUCAUGUACUGUAACUAAGGCUUAGCUAAGUUGAGUUUCAGUUAACUUUUCUGUGAUCCAUGUAUUUCAAAAUAAGAAUAUUACUCUCUUUUAAUA